UUAUAAGCAAAGAAAUCAGGUGGAGAUUCCCUUCAGUUGUGCUUAUCCAAAUAAGGGUCAAGCGUCUGCUUCAUAUAGUCCUCACAAGUCCAACUACAUGUUCUCUGAAGCCGGCUUUGGGACCUUCACGUUUGUGUUUGAGUUUUAUAACAGCGGCGACUUCACAAACAUCAUCGACCCCAGCGAGUACCCAGUUGAGGUGGAACUCGGGCAGAUGUUGUACAUGGGCAUCAGUGUGAAGUCAUCGCUGGACAACAUCAAGCUGUUUGUCGACACAUGCCGGAGUACGCCUAAUGAUGACCCCAAUGACUCCAUCCAUUAUGACAUCAUUUCAAAUGGGUGUGUUAAAGAUGAUAGUGUAAUAAUCUUUCCCACCAAUCAGACUCAAUUUAACUUUGGACUGAAAGCCUACAGUUUUAUUGGAGGAUACAAACAGGUGUUCAUCACCUGCAGUGUCAUUCUCUGUGAAGCUGACAGUCCAGACACCCGAUGCUCUCAGGGCUGCAUUGAGAGCUCAAAUAUCCCAACUAUCCCAAGCAGGAAGAGGAGGUCAUUGUCUUUGGAGAGCCAGAAACACUUCAUUUCCCAAGGACCCCUCUACCUUGCUGGGAAGACUCAAUACAAUAACAGUAAGGCUGAAUCUGUUGUGUAGGUCUAAGU